CGAUCCUAAGUUUUCCGAAGCAUAGUGAUAAUCGAGAGCAGAUUUAGCCAAAUCAGUGGGGUCGAUUGACCCAUAGUAGUUUUACGUUGACGCCUCGACAAGGUUACUAUACUUCACCAGACUGACAGUGAAGGAUUUAGAGAGGUCGAGAGUCAGGAACAACUUGCGGAGGAGGAAGUUGUAAUUUAAAGCCGCCUCAUAUUCACUAUAUUCUGAUAUAUAUUGAAUAGCCCUACAAGCCUUAAUUGGUUCAUCAUUCCGAAUAAUCACACAACUAUUUUCACCAAUAUUUAUCAAAAGUAAGAGCCAUGUCGUUGACUUCUGGUAGGUGUUGACGUCAAAUUGAAGAUAUUUUGAAUAUUGAAGUUCUACGAGACAUAAGGCGGUGUCAGGAUGGCAAAGCAUAACCAGGAAAGUGGUCGACUUCUUUCGAUAUUCGUCUGGACAUUUGUGUUACUUCAAAUGUUCAUAGGAACCCUUGGAGGGGGACCCUAUCCGCCGGAGGACCGGGAGCUCUGCCAGCAGAACGAGGUGGAUGCCUGCAGAAGACUAGGCUUCCGCAACAUCUCUAUGAGCAACAUAUUCGGCUGGACGGCAGCUCAGGUCGAGAUCGUAGAGGAGGUUGAACGCCUGAUGCCUCUGGUGGAAACAGGGUGUUCCCGGGACCUCCUUGCCCUCAUCUGUGGGGCCUACCUACCAGCAUGCGACUAUCAAACAGGGGAGAGAAUGCCCCCCUGCAAAGACACAUGCAGGAAGAUCAUCAACCAGAAGUGCAAGGGUCAGAUGAAGCGCAUGGGCUUCAAGUCAGAGGAAGUCUUCGGAUGCAGAAACUACCCUUCCAGGAGAGAGGAAAAGAAAUGCCUGACUGAUCUCAGCACCUACAGAGAACAAGAGACCACCACUUCAACUACCUUCACCACCACCAACACCACCACCAACACCACCACCAAUACCACCACACCCGUCAUGAACACAACCAGCACCGAAUCCACACCCAGGCCGGAGGAACCAUACGUCCCUUCCGUCAUCUUCACCGUGGAGCGAUCCGCGUCGAACGAUGGCUGGGUGCUGGUCAAGGACCCGAAACCCAACCUCAGUCCGGAGGUCACAGGCUUUGACGUCAUCUACUAUAACGACCGGGGAGAUGACGGCGGUGAGGGCGUGAUUGCUGGUGAGGAUCAGCUCCAUCUUGAUUUGACCUCAGAUGCGGCUUACACGGUUCUGACCCGAGCCUUCAACCAGACGGAUGUUGGUGCUUUUGAAGAUGCCCGCAUGGAACCUUAUAUUCACCCCCAUUGUGAAGAGAUUACGUACUCUACACUUCGCAGUCUGUGCAGCAAUGUGAAUUACCGCCACGUGCAGUAUUCCAGCGGGUCAGGUUUCGCAUCUCAGGCGGCUGCGGCCAGCAUCAUCGCACCAGUGGAGAAGAUACUGAGGAACCGGGAUACAGAGUGCGCUGGAUAUAUGAAGCAAUUCUUAUGCACGGUGUACGCACCGCCUUGUACCAGACUGGGGCCUGAAGUAGGUAAGAAUCAGAUGUAA